UAUCACGUGCUAUUUGCUUCAUUGGAGAAAAGAGGAAGAGAGGCAUUGUCAGCCAGAUAAUCUGGAAAGUUGUUUGGACUGCUCUGGACUGAUCUUCCACCUUUGAGAGGUUAGCAAAAGUUGGACUCUCACCUGCUCGAUGGAUUAUUCUCUUGGCAGCGUCACCAGUCUGAGGAAGGACAUGGCCUCCGUUUCUUACCUCCUACGAGCCUGGGUUUUCCUCUUCCUUCAUGGCUGCAUCACAAGUUAUCCUACACAAAUACGCUCCACAUCCAAAGACACAAGAAACUGUACGACUAACCCACAGUACUUGCCACCCACCGCGAUUGUGACGAGCGAGCGUCUGAAGGCCCUACGGGAGCAGAUGAAAACCCACAAGCUGUCAGCCUAUAUUGUGCCUAACACAGAUGCACACCUGAGUGAAUACGUCGCAGAACGGGACAAGAGACUCACUUGGAUGUCGGGUUUUUCAGGAUCUACAGGGACUGGUGUGAUCACCCUGCAGAAAGCUGCUCUCUUCACGGACAGCCGGUAUUGGAUCCAGGCUGAGCGUCAGAUGGAUUGCAAUUGGAAGCUGCAGAAAUCAGUGUGGCUCACCUCUAUUGGACAAUGGAUACUCAACGAAGUUCCUGCUGGGGAAGCCAUUGGAUUGGAUCCCUUCCUCUUUUCUAUUGACAAUUGGUACAGCUAUCACCAGAUCCUGGAAGGUGCAAAUAGGAACUUGAGUUUCCCUGAAGUUAACCUGGUGGACCUCGUGUGGGGCAGUGAGCGGCUUCCUCCACCUACCAACACAAUCUAUCGACUCGCCGAUGACUUCGUUGGAAGUACCUGGCAAGAGAAAGUUGCCCACGCUCGAUUGCAGAUGGAGCAACACAGCAAGAAACCCACAGCAAUCUUGCUCUCUGGCCUUGAGGAGACGGCAUGGCUCUUCAAUCUUCGAGGAGAUGACAUUCCUUACACCCCCGUCUUCUACGCUUACACGCUUCUCACCAAGACAGAUAUCAGUCUGUUUGUGAACCGGAGUCGGCUGAGCACUGAAGCAGUCCAGAUGUUGACAGCAGGGUGCCCGGGGUCUCCGUGUGUGAAGGUGGAAGACUACGGCCAGAUAGGUGACAGCCUGAGAAAAUAUGCCCACCAAGACGGGGUGAUCAUCUGGAUCGGAACAGAAUACACAACUCUGGGCCUUUACAAGGAGAUCCCUCAAGAAAGCCUCUUAGAAGACGACUACUCCCCUGUCAUGCUCUCCAAGGCUGUCAAAAACUCCAAGGAGCAGAAGAUGAUGGAAGCCGCUCACGUAUGUAAUCCACAGCAGGGACCCUUCCCCCGGGUGAUGCAACGGCCUUGAGAGCCAAGGUCCAAAAGGGACCUUCAGGAAUCAACAAAGAGGAACUCCCAUAGCGGGAAAGAUUUUCAGUGUUGCAUUGUGAAGGUUGGGAA